AUGGACUUUAAUGAUAUAGCUGAAUUAAAUAGGAGGCCUACUCAUAAUAAAAUAUAAUAGAACAUUUAAAAUAAAUUUCAAUCCUUUUUACUUAACUAAUCAUAAGCAAAAGAAAAAAAGAUAAUCUAAGUUGAAGGACAUACAUUCUUAAAAAAGAGCUAAUCGAAAGAAAAUUUAGAUAAAAUAUAAGCCUUAACCAAUCGUAAAAAAGUUGGUAACAUUUAUGAGGAUAUAGAAGAUAUUAUAGAUAGAGCCAUUUCAGAUGAUGAAGAGUAAAUAGAUAUAUUAGAUAAUCUAAAUUAAUCUUUAGAUGAAGAAAAGUAUAUUGAAGAAGAGAGAAUAUAAAUGAAAAAGAAACUAUAUUUGGCUGAACAAGAAAUUCAACAAAAAAAAUUGGAGUAAGAAAGAUUCGAAAAGUUGAAAAAAGAGUUCAAAGAUAAGUAACUAGAAUUAAAGUGCUUUUGCAAAAAGAUAGGAACAAAAAUAGUGUUUUAAUGCGAAUUUUGUAAAGAGUUGAAAAAAAUAAAAUUAAUCAAUUGA